GCUUCUAAUGGGCAUGUUGAAGAGGCCAGGGAGUUUUUUACUGCGAUGCCUUCUCGAGACGUGGUGUCUUACACGACACUUCUUUCGCUAAAUGCCGAGGCUGGGGAUAUAGAAUUUGUGGAAAAGACUUUUGCCGUCAUGCCAGAGUAUAAUUCUGCUUCCAUGAACGCUAUGACUCGUGUGUAUGCGCGAAGUGGUCAUGUAGAUGAAGCCAGGAAGGUUUUUGAUGAGAACCAAUCAAUAAACUUGAUCUCCUGGAACACGCUUCUCACGGCAUAUGCCCAAAAAGGGUAUACUUCGGAAGCAGAGAGCAUCUUCAAAGAGAUGCCGAAGAGAAAUCUGGUGUCUUGGAACGCAAUGCUUGCGGGAUAUGCCCACUUUGGGUAUGUCAAAGAAGCAAAGCUCUUAUUCGAUGAUUUUCCAAAGCGGGACUUGGUAACCUGGAACAUUAUGCUUUCUGCUUUUGCACAAAGCGGGUAUUUGGAGGAAUCAAAAAAAGUAUUUGAUGAGAUGCCACAGCAAAACGUGGUGUCCUUGACGACACUGCUGGGACUCUAUGCCCAACAAGGACGCAUGCAAGAUGUUAAGACAUUGUUUGAAAAGGUGGUGGAGUGGGAUCUUGUUUCAUGGACGUGCAUGUUGAUCAUUUUAGCCGAGAACGGCGAGCUAGACGAGGCAAAGAAACUGUUUGAUAGGUUGCGCGAACGGGAUUUAGUGUGUUGGAACGCCAUCCUUCGUGCCUACUCUCGCCAUGGCCAGGUGUUAGAGGUGGAAAAGAUUUUCCAGCAAAUGCCACAAAAGGAUCUCACGUCUUGGAAUGCGGUUCUAGCUGCGUACUCUCAAACUGGAGGUUUUGAAAAAACCGAGAGGAUGUUUGGACAGAUGCCUCAGUGGGAUGUUCUAAGCUGGAACUCACGCAUGGAUGCUUUCGUCCAAGGUGGUCAUUUAAAGAAGUCGGAAGAAAUCUUUGAUCUGAUGCCAGAGAAAGAUCAGUUUUCGUGGAAUCUCAUCCUCGCCGUGUGGAUUAAGCUCCAUGGUUUGGAGAAAGCGAAACACGUAUUUGAUUCAAUGCCUUUUAGAAAUGUUGCCUCGGGAACGAUGAUGAUAUCUGCAUAUGCCCACGAUGGGCAUCUUGAUCAAUCACUCGUGAUGCUCAGCGUCAUGCCUCAAAGGAACGCCUUCACGUGGAAUGUGAUGCUAGGAGCUUAUACUCAGAAUGGGAAUAUGCUCGCUGGAGAAGCACUUUUUGAGACACUGCCGGAGGAGAACUUAGUGUCAUGGGGUGUUCUUCUCGCUGGUUACACCAACAGUGGCAACCAUGCAACAAGCUUGGAUGUAUUAAAUCGCUUGAAGAUGAUCCAUGUUCCGGAAGAGACGUGUUUCGUCACAGCUUUGAUCUCGUGUAGCUACCUAGGAAGGAUUGAAGAGAGCAAAUCGUGCUUCCUGUCCAUGACGCUCGAUUAUCACAUCAAUCCCAGCAAGCAGCACUACUGCUGUAUCGUAAGCGUCCUCUGCCGCUCGGGGCAUCUGAAUGAUGCUGUGGAGCUUGUCUCGAGCAUGCCUUUCCAUCCCGAUAGGAUGGAGUGGACGUGCUUGCUGGGAGCUUGCAAGAACUUUAAUGAUCUUGCUAGGGGAGCUAAAGUUACUAGCCAAGUUCUUGCACUUGAUCCAGGUCGUGAGACAUCAUAUGUGCUGCUCGCAAACAUAUUUGAAUCGUCUUUGAAACCGAUGAUCACUGACCGAGCUAGAGCUCGACCAUAGAUGAGGUUUUUAUAAGCAUUGGACUUAGCUUCGUUGGACGGAGGUAAGAACUAGAAGGAUUUCACGAAGCAACUGAUAUACUAUAUGAAUCUCAUGAGUUGGGAUUUUAUGGAGGGAUCCACAGGACCAUCCUUUUAAAAAGAGAUCAAGCUAGGAGUU